GUGAGUCAAAGGAAGAGUGGCCACCCCAAAAAAACCCUGCACUCGGAAGUAGCACAAUCAUGAAAAGACCAUAGAGCUGAAACAGAAAGGAAGUUCAAGAGCACGCGUCUGGAGGGAGGGAAAAAUGUCCGCUUCCCUGCUAAGGAAAGGACUGGAACUACUGGAGUCGGCGGGAGUGUCCGGCUCCUCCUCUCAAAGAUCAGGGACCGCCGCCCGACCCAAUAAUCGGUUGAAAAAAAAGAAAAACAAGAGUGCAAGGUCCAAAAGAGACAAGGCCACAAUCAAAGGAAGAAUCAUCAAAUCUGCAUUAGAGGAAUAUCAGAAACAUCAAGCAGCUGACCACUUUAAGAAGAACAUGCAGUAUAUGAUGGGUACUCAUUUUGUGGCAGACAGUACAAUUACUGAAAAGAUUUUAACCCAAAAUAGAGGGAGGAAAGCUAAAGACCUCCCUGUAGAAAAAGUGAAGAAGAAGCAUCCAGAAGGAACGGUCUUCACUGAAGAAGACUUCCAGAGAUUUGAGAGAGAGUAUUUUGGAAGAGCUGGAACAAUCUGACAAAAAUAAUUUGUUAAUGAUGCUAAAAAUAUCAGCAUCAGUGAGCAAAUGCUUGCCAAUAUUAUUGUGGUUGGGAAGUACGUCUAUUAUAAGACUACAGUAUUUCUACAUACGAUCUGCUCAACUGUUGCACUUCAUAUGGAAAGACGGUUUGUGCCCAGAGUGGAGAAUCCAGAUCUUUGAUGCUGAGUUUUGACAUAUGACUCUCUUAAGAUUAUCUUUUGACUGUUUGCUAGAAAAAAUACCUACCUUGAACCACACAAAACAGUCUUUUCCCACAUUUGUUAGGAGUAAAUUAAGUUAAAUAAUUUCUAUACAUAUGGAAGAGGGAAAUUGGAUUUCAUACUGCAAUAUCAGAGCUGAAAGGAUGUCCUUUAUUGUUAAACAGUGGUUGGAAAAUUCAUACUGAUGCAAUAUUUAUAGUGGUAAAAUUAUGCAUUUCAUUAUAACUAUGUAGUUACCACAUAAGAACAGUAAUUUGUGCAUUUUGAUAAAAAUCAUGCAAACCCACUGAAACAUGUUUUUUUUUUUUCAUCCCUUACCCAUUAGCAGCAUUUAGCUACUUAUAAUAUGUAUCACCCAUUGUAGUUUUUUCACUAGUAGGAUGUGGUUAUCAGUUAUUUAUUUGCAUCACACUUGGACUAGAUGACCUACAAGGUUCCUUCCAACUUUGAUUAUCUGUUACCUUUAAUAUUUUUUACAAAUAAUUCAAGAUGGUGAACAUAUCCAUCACACCUUCCUCCUUCUAUUUGCCCCAUAACAAAAAUUGUGAUGUAGUCCAGGCUGAGAGUGACCAGCCCAAAGUCAUAACUCAGAAUAGUCAUGUUUGAAAAUACUUCUGCCUGAAAGUGCACAAUACUUCUGAUUUAAAUGGAGUUGGCUACAGUGGCAUGUGUCUUGCGAAACCCAACCAGUUUAAUUUGUAGUUCAGUGUACUGGAUGAACCUAGACAAAUAUAUACAUUAAGCAGACCACAGUAGUUGACAGGGUUACUGCUAACCACGUUAGUAUGUUGAGCAAACAUACUAAUAUUUGAAGU